AUGCAGAAGCUGCUGGCAUCUCAACCACACAUCGAAAAGGUUAGGAACACUCUGGCGAAUGAUGGCAUUCAAUGGGUAUUCAUUCCACCACAUGCUCCUCAUUGGGGAGGAAAAUGGGAAUCUGCAGUCAGAAGCGUAAAGCUGCAUAGUCGCCGAGUCAUUGGGAAAUCUACUCUCACCUACGAGCAGAUGCGAACUCUACUUGCACAAGUCAGUGCAGUCGUCAACUCACGACCCUUGUGCUACAACUCGGACACAGAUGUCAAUUAUUUGUCGCCAGCACAUUUCUUGAUCGGCAGGCCUUUCACAACCAUACCAGAGGCAGACUUAGGCCACAUCCCCGUGGGCCGACUUGGGUACUGGCAAAGUAUCCAAUCUAUGAUGCAAGGCUUCUGGAAGCAAUGGCACCAGGAGUAUCUUACCACAUUGCAACAGCGUCCAAAGUGGACCACUACAACACCAAAUAUAGCAGUCGGAGAUGUGGUGCUUGUAAAGGAAUCGAACACCCCACCAGCUCACUGGCAUCUGGCGCUGGUUCUCGAAGCCUACCCAGGCAAGGAUCAAUUGGUUCGAGCGGUCAGACUCAAGACCUCUUCGGGAGAAUUAACUCGGCCAAUCACAAAGGUUGCGGUAUUGCCCCGUUCAGAAACUGUGUUUCAGGGCGGGCCGGGAUGUUCAUGA